AAGCUAAAAUCUUAUCUUCAUUGCAGUUCCUCGUAUACUUCGAAAACUCCUGGCUGAACAUUCCUUCUCGACCAACCCCCAAUCACCAGAAACAUGCCUUCCACCACAAUUUCACAACAAGGCGUCGACCCGGCUGCUACUGGCAACGUCAUUCGUGUUGCACUCGCAGUUGAGUCCGCCCUCACAGUCGGCAUGGGUGCCUACUACAUCUUUCUCCCUCGGCAUUUCCUGGCCCAAACGAUGGGUGCAGCUGCCUCUCAAGUCACAACAGCAGCAAUACAAGCCGCUCAGCAAUAUGGCGCCACUAUCGCAUUCGUCGGGGCUAUUGUGGGCCUUCAUUUUCCCAAUACCAAGCUCGCAAUCGAAUCUCGCCAGCCACUCUAUCGCGCGGUCCUUGGCUUUGAGGUCUUGUUCGUUCCACUACUGGCAUGGCAGGCCUACGCGAUGGAAGGAGGAAUGUCAAAGAAUGCGUUGCUGGGUAUAGCUGGACAGAUCGUGCCUUUCAUGGUCUGGAGGGUUUUCACGCUUGGAUGGAAGCCUGAGUGGUUCGGACGUUACUUGGAAGCAAGGAAGUUGGACUGACGCAGAGGAGCCAGCCCUCAUUACGCAUGCAUCUAUGCUGGCACAUUUCUCAUGUAUCUCUCAUCCCUGCAUUCACCACAAUGAGCAACCUGAAGCUUCUUCAAUAAAUCACGAAUUUCCUAAAGUGGGGGAGUGUUAGCAUAGAGAGUGCUUGCAUAUUCCUCAGGAUAUCUUCCGCCA